AUGAGUGAUCAAAUGAAAUUUCAAUCUCAAAAUGAUCCCUCAUCUCAACCAUUAUUUGGAGAGAUUCGGAAAACGAGUGGUGAAAAGAAAGAACAAACCCUCGACGAUUAUGUCCAUUUGAGUCGCUACUGUUUUCGUGUUCUCGUUUUCUCCGAAUUCGUCCUUUUGUCUGUCAUGGGGAAUAUGGUUUAUAUGGUUUACGCGGGUGCCGAGCCUCGGAAAGUGCAAUGUUUGGAUGAUAAUCUUGCCAUUUUUGAUGAAGAUGUUUGUAAUGGAAAUUUCUCUCAAAACUACGAUCUCCUCCAGGCGAAUUGCUCGUUUUAUUUCGAAAGCGAAUUCGAAUCUGUGAAUAUUAAUUUCGGUUACUUUUGCGAGAAGACUGACUAUGUGAAGCUGAGUAUCUCUUUUCAGAUGGCAGGUGUUCUUUUUGGUGCUCUUCUCUUUGGGCAUAUGUCCGAUAAACAUGGAAGAAAAAAGAUUCUGAUGUAUUGUUAUGUUUUGUGUGCCGGUUUUCAAGUGCUUGCCUCGUUUGCUCGCACUUUGAUGGCAUUCACGAUGCUCCGCAUGCUCGUCGGAUUUUUCAAUGGAGGACAAAUGACCAUCUUCACCGUUUACAAAAUCGAGCACAUUCCAAAAAGACAUCGUCUCUGGAUAUCGGCGUUGAUCUCGUUUGCGCCGAAUUUCAUCAUAAUGAAUGGACUAGCGUAUAUCUCAAAAGAUUGGGUCACUUUUCAACGCGUUCUCGUCCUCGUCUCGUUGCCCGCUUUCUUCAUUUCAUUUUUCCUGAACGAAUCUCCUCGGUGGUUGUUGGGUCGAGGACGGAUUGGAGAGGCGGAAAAAGUACUGCUCGAAAUACAAAGAAUCGAUGGGAAAACUCAACAUAAAGAGGGAUUGACGAGAUUGUUACAGAUUGAGUUUCAGAAAGCCGAGGCUCGAGAACGAAAAGCGAAAAAUUACUCGAUACGCCAUCUAUUCUACACAGCAAAUAUGGCAAAAGCGACAAUUACUUUAGCUUUAGGAAUGGUAAUCACAAGUAUGAUCAAUUAUGGCUUGAUGUUUAAUCUCGAGAAAUUGGCCGGCUCGAUCUAUUGGAAUUCGAGUUUGCUCGGGUUGCUGCGAUGGAUUCUCAACUCGACUCUUGGAUUUCUUGAUUAUCGCUUUCAAAAAUGUGGCCGUAAACCGUUUCAUUUCAUUGCACAAUUUGGCUCAUUUCUCUGUUUGACUGUGGUUGCUGUCGGGCAUUUGACAGGUAAAUCCGAUGAAUGGUCGCAAUUCAUUCGAAUCGCGACGAUUGUCGCGACAGCUGUUUGCUCACAGGUUUACCUCUCAAAAGGAAUCACUUCAAUGGAAUAUUUCCCGUCGGUCGUUCGAAAUAUGGGCAUUUCGUUUAAUUCAACGUGGAGCCGUUUUGGAUCGAUUCUAGCUCCAUUGAUGUUUCGAAUGCAUCAAUCUAAAGCUCUUCCAUUCAUUUUUAUGGCCAUUAUAUCGCUUAUUGAUGCUGCUGGAUUUCAGUUGAAUUUACCGGAAACAAAAGGAAAACCGAUGCAGGAUACUCUGCCGGAAAAAGCGAAUAAAAGAAAUGAGAUACUGGUGCAGAAAAUUGAGAAUGCAAAUGAGUUAAAUGUGGAA